ACCCCUAGCAACCGCAAUACGAAAACAAUUUUUAUUUAAUGUGUAUUUUUAUUUUAAACGUUAUCGGAGAUUAUUUUACUAACAAAACCUAAAUUGACUCACAUACGUUACAAUGAUUAUGUUAGAAAAGGAUCUGAAAGAAGCGGCGGCGAUAGAACGACGCCGAAGAUUUGAGGUUGAGCGAAGAGCCAGAAUUUUUGAUGCGAGGAAAAGAGUUAUCGGGGUGGACGAGGCGGCACUGAAGAUGCAGAUGGAAGAGCGAAGGGCGAGGGAGGCGGAGAAACAUCGGCUGUACGAAGCGUUCGAACAGCAGCGUCUGCGCGACGCCCAGCUGGCCUUGGCUCUCGAGAAACAAGCGGAGGAGGAAAGGUUUUGCGUCAACAAAGCCAUCGACACCUUCCGGUCCGUAUACCAGCGCCCGGAGCAGCGUCGGGAGUUUGACCUCUACGACCCAGACGGGCUGAAGAAGGCCCUCCCGGCCCGCGUCUCAGACGAUGACCCCCGUUGCUCCCUCUCCUCAGCGCAAAGGUUCGCGGGGGAGGACCUGGCCGGCCGGGAGAGGCUCCGCGCCCAGGCGCAGCAGCAGCGCGCCUGGCUGGAGCAGCAGCUGGCGGAGCGGCGGGCCGCGGACGCUGCCCGGCGGGCCGCCGAGGAGGCCCACCAGCGGGCCCUGGCGGAGCGGGCCCAGCGGGCCGCCGAGCUCGAUGCCGCGGAGCGGGAGUGCCGUCGCCGGCUCGACGCGGCCACCGCCUGCUUCAACAAGGCCUUGGCGGAGGAGCAGGAGGCGGAGCGGAAGCUGGACGAGGCGCGGGACCGGGAGGACGAGCGGGCGGAGGUCUACAACCUGGUGACGAGCGACCUGCUGACGGAGAACCCGGACGUGGCCGGGAGCAGCCUGGGGGCCCACCGCGUGGUCGGCUACAAGUACAAGGGCAUGAGCCGCGGGCAGCUGGAGGACAUCCGCAAGGAGCAGCUGCGGCAGGUGGAGGAGGCGCGGACUCGCAAGGCAGAGGAAGAAGCGUUCAACAACCAGUGGUACAAAUUCUCGAGCGACAUGUGUAAUUUGGUGAUGAAGAAAGACCAAGAGCUCACAAGAAAACAAAGAGAACUUAAUAAAAACAUUCUCCACAAUAACUUGCGACUGUACGAAGAACAGAAAUCUCGCCAAGAGUACAUGGAUAAGGUUGUGUUCACCAAUGAGCCUACGCAAGAAUACUUCCAGCAGUUCAACACCUCCACCAGAUAAAGACUUUUAACUGCGCCGUAAGUUUGUGUUGUGUUUGUCCAUCACCAAGUCUGUACACACUGCCUCAAAUAGUUAACCUUUCAUCGGAUGUUCCAAAUCACAGUGAGAAUGCACACUGAAAUUUCAUGGACUGUUAGUCCCACUUGCAUAUCUAUGUACAUUAAACAAAAACUAUCUCCAUAUAUGUACAUGAAUCACAAGUUGUACUCAGUGUGUUCUUGCAGACACUAAUUUUGUACUUUUAUAAAAAUAAUUUGAGAUGAAUAAAGUUUUGUUCUUGGCCAUCUAGUUCAACUUGCUUUAGCGAAUUGGACAAGGUUAUGGCAAUUCAAACCACUGCCUUUUCCAUUCUUUACAAUUUUUUUUUAAAAAAAGAGUAAGUAGUGUGAUUUUGUCAUUCAUUUGUAAUGAAGAAAGGGAAUGAAUAACUCAUUAGUAAAUUAAACUAGGACCUCUUUUAUUUUGCAAAAAUGAAAUUCAAAAUGUUCAAAUCAAGAAAUGAAAUGUGUUCUCCUUGAAUUUUUUGUAAUCAUUACAUAGAGACCAAUAGAGGCUAAUAUUCAAAUGGUUAUGCUUGUUGCUGCUUUUGCUGUUGGCUCACAACCCUUCUGGAGGAGACUGGGCCAAUGCUGUAUUGUAUCACAGGCUGUUAAGUUGGGAUGUCUCGCAAGACAGCAGCCUGUGUGUGGGUGGCAUUUUCCAGAGUACACGAAGAACUAUGGAGUCUAUCCUUGAGAUCAUUGACUCCCACAAAUGUUUUCAGUCAUAAUACAUCCAAGAGGAAAAAAAAAUUCAUGACAACUUUAAUUUUUG